GGUGGCUGCAUUGGAUAUGAUGUGUAGUCGGCGUAAAAAAUUAUUUUUGAUGGUGGCGGAAAACUUAUUACUCAGUUAAUACGUACACAUCAAAUUCCAAUUAUGCCGUUUCAGCAAAAAAGUUUCUCUAUACAAUUUUCCAUAAACUUGACCAAUGAUCCUCUGUUGUUUCUGAUUGAAUUGUAAUUUAAUCAGCCAGAAUGGGAGUACUGUUUUCAAGAUUCCGGGCAAAGCCCUCUACUAAAGAGCUUUUGGAAGAAGUUGAAAAGGAAAUAGAAGUAUUGGAAGAAUACAAGAGAAGCACAGAACUUCAGCAAAAAGCAGUUGUGAGAUCUCUGAUAUUUUAUUCUGUUUUAAUCUACAUCAUACUUGCUGGUGUGUUCCUUUUUUAUUCUUUUCCUACCACAACAAGAGAUCGUGUCAUAUAUUCAGUACCUCUUUUAGUUUUUCCCCUUAUAUUAUAUAUUUUGAAAAAAUUUCUACAUUGGUAUUUCCAUCAAAAAUUACGAAACAAUGAUGAAGCCUUACAAGAUCUCAAAAGAAGAAAAAAAACACUAAUAGAAUUUGCUAUGGAAACUGAAACAUAUAAAGUUGUGAAGGAAUUACUGGAAAAAUUUGAUAAAGAAAGUCAUAAAAAGAUUUUUGAAACAAGACCGGCUAUUACAGCAACACCAACACAACAUAUCAAAGGGACAUUUUCUGACACAGAUCUGAGAAGAAGAAAUGUACCAUUGAAAGGAUCCCCACCUGUUGCAUUAGGAGCUCCUGGGCAAACCAUAACUAUAAAUAGCUCUGCAGGUCCUCCACAUAUUUUUCCUUUUUACUCAGGAAAACCCCCUACUAACCCUCCUUACCCACCUGCAUUUUUUCAAAGAGGUGGCCAACCCUUUGUGAGACCUCCUGGUCAGCCAAUGCCAAGACCUGUUUUACCUCGAGAGAGGACCUUAGUUGACAGACUAGUUGAUUAUCUGGUUGGAGAUGGACCAUCAAAUCGCUAUGCCUUAAUUUGCAGACAAUGCCAAUCACACAAUGGCAUGGCAUUAAAAGAAGAAUUUGAAUUCAUAGCCUUUAGGUGUUGUUAUUGUUUCCAUUGGAAUCCACCGAGAAAUCAACAACCACCACCACCAAGAUUGACACUGCCAAAUCCUAGCGCACCACCAGCUAUAACAGAUGUUCCUUCAUCUGAAUUAUCUUCAAGCAGUGAAGAAACUGAAAUUGAAAGCUUAAGUGAUAUUGAUAGCCCUGUUAGUGCAAAUAGUCCUGAGAAAAGGGAUAGCUUAGACAGUACAAACCAACCAAGGUCGAGUAUUAGCUCAGAAAAUGAAAUACAAGCCCAUUUAGAAGAAGACAAACCCUCUGUCUCCCCAAAUGAAUCUGAAAUACAAGAGUUUACAAAAGGCGAUGAAAGUUCUUGAUUCAGUACUGUAAUUUAUUACAGUAAUGUGACUUUACUUAAGCUUUGCAUAAAUUAUUUUCCUAUAAUGAAUUUGUCAUUUGUCAGUACUUAUUUUCACCUAAAUGUAACAAAUUUCACUUUUCUAAGCUGCAAUAAGAGUGUUAAAUGAAAUAAGAAUGAUAUACCGUAUACAAAAUGCAUUUUUUACUAUAACUGAAUAUUUUAAUGCAUUUUAAAAUUUUAAUAAGAUUUUUAUGCAGUAUUUUUGACAUUUCUGUGUAACUUUUCUGUAUGCUCUCUAUUUUUGCCUACUGUGAAGAUUUACAUAUUUUUAUUGACUUUAAAAUUGGAAACUUAUCAUUUGAAAAACAUUUCAAUCAUUUUUUUUCUUUGCAAAAUUAAAUAUUUUUUUCAUCUUUUAAGUCUAUAUGUAUGUAUACAAUGCAGCAAUUUCCUCAAAGCUUAAAUGAAUGUUAUUUUAAUGAAAUUCAGAAAAUUCUUCAUAAUUUUAUUGCCAACAAUUUUUUUAAAUGAUUUAUUCAUUAGUAUAUAAGCAUCUUCUAUUAAAAUUGAUCAGAUUUUUUUUUUUUUUUCUUGUAGAAUUGAACUUUUUAUUUAUCUGCUUACCACAACAUUAAAAACCUGUCAAAGAGGAAUUUAAAAAAAAUGCCAAAUGCAACAUUAACAUACUUAUUUAAGUAAAUUUGAAGUGUCUAAGUUUUGUAAAGAGUUUUUGCCUUUCAUAAAUUUAAGAACAGAUAAAGUAAUAUCAUCUUCGUUCAGAAAAAUAUAAUAAAGGAAAAAUAUUCUCGACAAUCCAUGUUAAGUUCAAAAAGUUUGUUUAAUAGUAUAUGGGCCAAUUAAUAUCAAUAAUUUAGAUUAAUUCAAUCAUUAAUGUAAACUAAUGUUGUUAUUAGUUUAAUAUUUUAGACCCUUUGAAGUUCAAUACAUUUUUUAGCCUCAGUGCUUUUUACAGAACACUAAAAUUUGAUUUAUUGCUCUAAAAUAUUAAUAAAAUAUAUUAAUUAUAGUUACUUUAUGAGAUUAUGAACUAGAUUUUCUUCAUUUUAUUGAACAAAUCAUUUUUACCAUCUGGAAAUUAAAUCAAGCACUUACUUAUAAAAGUGCUAGUAUUUUUAUUCUUAACAUAUAUACUAAAAAUUAUUACUAACAAAAAAAUGUAAAUGGGAGAUUUAGUAGACAUUGUAAAACAAUACAUAUCAUUAGUGUCAAAACUGCCCUUUCCAGUUUUGAAGUAUAUGGAAAAAAUAAAAUCACCCCAGGCUUAGUUAUCAAAGUUUAACUCUUAUGUAGUUUCUUUUUUAAACAUAUAUUUAAAUAAAUACUUAAAUAUUAUCAUCAGUGUAACAUAAUUUAGCCCAAACUUUUCAGUGAAUAAAUGUACUGAUUUCAAUAUUCACUAUUGGAAAACCUUUUUCCCUUGUUUUUAAACUCUGUUACUAUUUUUUGUUUAAAAAUAAAUCUAAGUCUUUGUUGUUACUAGUUGAAAUUUGUGUGAUAUUGAGUUGCCAUUUUGUGAGAUUAACAUCUAUAAACUACUGUCACAAGUAUUCAUUGCCAUUCAAAUAUUCAUUUUCAUAAGUUGUUUUGAAUUACAUGAAUGUUUGAGGAUUGUAAGCAUAUGUACAUAUGUCUUUCUAAAUUAUUUUGUUAAAAUCACAUUGUAAAUAUGAUAAAUAGUUUAUGAAAAAUUUAAAUUUAAGUGUGCUGUCAACCAUGAGUGUUCCGGAAAAACAUCAAACUGGUUAAGUUCAUUUGAUGUAAUAGGAUUUUUGUUCAUUUUACGGAGUGUUGCAAUUUUAAAUCAGUUUCUAAUUAUUAAAAUUUAUCUGAAUAACCUAAGUAAUGACUGGAAGAAAUAUAAGUUAAUGUAUAUAAGUUCAAUUAAAUACAACUUGUUCUAAUCUACACAUGAUUAUGUAUCGCUUUUUGCAAUCUAUUGUUUUCACCAUUCUUGUUCUAUUUUGUAAACAUGCAUAUUAAAUUAUUGUAUUCAUAUUAUGCUGAUACAUAAUUUGAAUUAUGUUGAAUGUAGAAGUUUAUUAUUUCUUGAGUUUGUCCUUUUCUCUGUUGCCCAUUUUGUUUUACUGUCAGUUCUUUGGAUACAAAAAGACUAUCUUAAUUUUCAUUAAUGUUGAAUGUUUGUAUAUUUUCCUGAAUUCUCAUAACCUGUAUAAAGUUAUUAAUAAGCAAAACUGGUUCUCAGACUUUUUUCUAUUCCGUAAAUUUCGCUGCACAUUAUUAAGUUUUUGGACUAAAUUUUUAAUUAUGAUCACAAAGAUAUCUUAAUUAUUAAUUUGUUUGAAACAAUAUUUAUUUAACGUGAAAAGCUUGUCAAUAAAGUAUUAUUUUCUAUGUAU